CUCGUAAGUAACGUCGUACCAUUUUCUUACUGCAAAAGACCGACCCCAAGCUCCGACGAAAGCAAACACGAAACAAUCUCCAAUAUGAAAAAUUUCCGAUUUCCAGGUACCGCAGCUUACAGGAAAGGUCUCGACCUGCAUUUCCGUAAUAUACUAAACGCUUGGCGGGUAUACGAUAUAUAUCUGGCUAAUCUCAAUGCCGAAGACGGCCGAUAUGAAAUGGGAGCACACAUUUCUCGAUUCUUUGUUACAAUAUUCAACACACCGCCAUAUCAACCUCGGCGCAAUGUAGACGCAGCAUGGCUAGCCAAUUCGAUGUUGGUUUACGAGUGUUGA